ACAAUUUGCAGCAUUCACUUCGCGAAAAUAUUGUUUGCAAUCGCUUAACGCUUAAUAGUGUUUUCUAAACACAGAAUUUGUGUGAAACUUAAUUAAUUUUUGAAAUAAUUGGAAAGUGAUGUGAAGAUAAUUUGAUAAAUUAACGCGACCGUGAACAAGUUUGUGUGCUCGAGCAAGGGCAAACAGCUGAUAGCAUGUCAACGGAUUCCACUGUGCAUUAAAAAGCAUUUACUUAAUUAUAAGGCAUCAAACUUUAAUAACUCAUUUAGUAGUCUGCGAAUUAUAUACGAUUCCCAAAAGCACUGAUUUUUCACUAACCAAGUGCGAAAAUGUCUUCCGGUUUAAAGUGUCGCAAUUGUGGUUCCACCGACAUCGAAGAGGACAAUGCACGUGGCGAUGCCGUCUGCACAAAUUGCGGUUCUGUGCUUGAAGAUUCGCUUAUCGUUUCCGAGAUACAAUUCGAAGAGGUUGGACGCGGUGCGGCGGCGAUAGGUCAAUUCGUGUCCGCCGAGUCAACGGGUGGUGCCACCAAUUACGGUUAUGGUAAAUUUCAAGUUGGUUCUGGUACCGAAUCGCGGGAGGUAACAAUCAAAAAAGCCAAGAGGGAGAUAACACAUUUGUGCCAACAGCUGCAGUUAACACAGCAUUACAUCGAUACUGCUUUGAAUUUCUUCAAAAUGGCUCUGGCACGUCAUCUCACCCGUGGCCGUAAGAGUACGCACAUCUACGCUGCUUGUGUGUACAUCACCUGCCGUACGGAAGGCACAUCACAUUUACUAAUUGACAUAAGUGACGUGCAACAAAUUUGUUCCUACGAAUUGGGUCGCACUUAUCUAAAACUGUCCAACGCAUUGUGCAUCAACAUUCCCUCUGUCGAUCCCUGCUUGUAUAUCAUGCGAUUCGCAAACAAGCUGCAAUUCGGCGCCAAAACCCACGAGGUCUCCAUGACAGCGUUACGCAUCGUUCAACGCAUGAAAAAGGAUUCGCUACACUCAGGUCGCCGACCGACCGGUUUAUGUGGCGCUGCACUUUUGAUUGCCGCACGCAUGCACGAAUUCAGCCGUACGAUUUUAGAUAUUGUUGGCAUUGUGAAAAUACACGAAUCUACCGUUCGCAAGCGAUUGAUUGAAUUCGCCGACACUCCAUCUAGCGCUCUGACUCUGGAUGAAUUUAUGUCUGUCGAUUUGGAGGCUGAGCAAGAUCCGCCAGCAUUUAAAGCGGCACGUAAAAAGGAUCGCGAUCGUAUCAAAGAUAUCGGAGAACAUGAGUUAUCGAAAUUACAAAAGGAAAUCGAUACACACCUCGAAAAAGAUCUCAAACGCUUGCAAAAAAACACAAUCAAACGUCUGACGGGCGGUGUGGGUGAUAUCGCUAAUGAUGUCGAUUUCGAAGAUGUCGAAUCGGCAAAUUUCAUUGAAGAAUCCAAUCUCGAGGCAAUCAAAGAAUGUUUGGCCGACACACCCGAAGUUAAAGUGCCACAAAAAAUACCAGAGAAAAUUGUUAUAAAUGGCCUCAAACCAGACAUCGAGUCAAUGUGCCGGCCAGCACCGAGCGAACUCCAAGAAGCGGAAAGGUCCAAAGAGAACGAGGUCAUGGAUGAUUUAGAUUUGGAAGGCUUAGACGAUGAGGAGAUCAACAAUUACAUUUUGACGCACGAAGAGGCCGAGUACAAAAACAAUAUGUGGAAUGCAUUAAAUGCCGAAUACCUAAAAGAAAUGCGCGAGAAAGAGGAGCGUUUGGCAAAAGAACGUGAAGAAGGUAAACCGGAGAAGAAGAAGCGACGACCACGUCGAAAGGCUAUCGGUCCCUCAACCACCGCUGGCGAGGCUAUCGAGAAGAUGCUGCAGGAAAAAAAGAUCUCAAACAAAAUUAAUUAUGACAUUUUGCGUACACUGACGGAGGGCUGUGCAGCUGGUGGCAGCAGCAGCACCACAAUACAGGCGGAGGCUGGUGCGUCCGAAGUAGUCGAUGUGAAGAAUGUGCCGAUCAUUGUGGAAACAGGGCCGAUUCAACAAAAGAAUAGCCGCGGCAAGCCAGCUUACACAAUUGGUGGGCCAGCAUCCAAAGUGCCUAAGCUUGAAAUGGGUCUGCCAGUUGCAAAGGAGCCGCCUACGCCCACGAAACAGGAACCGCUGGUGGUGGAGAAUGAUGAUUUGGAUGAAUUUGUCGACGAUGCUGAGGCAGAUGCCGAUGCCGAGGUGGAGCCUGAACCAGAACGCGAAUAUUCCUCACUCAAGGAUAUGCUGAACGAUGGCGAAGAGGACGAUUACUAUGGCUAUGAGGAGGACAAUUACUAAUAAUGGCAGAGGAAAAACUUUUAGAUUUAUUUAUUACAUAUAAAAUACUAUGUAUUUACGUUACGAACAAACAAAAAAUAACUUUACAGAAAGUUUGCUAGCAGCUAUUGAUAAAUAAUUUUUUUAUGCUUAGCCGUAC